UGCGCUCUUCUCCCUUCACCUCUAUGUCUAUUCCUAGUUCUCCCCAACACCCCCCGCUCGUGACGUCAGCGGAGGCUCCACCGGCGACUUCCUGGUCAGACACAGAGAGACAGCUGUGAGCAGGGAGAGACGGCUCGGGACAGUGCCACUGUGGGCUGACAGUACGGCAAAGAGACACACACACACCAGAGAAAUAGCCAGGCAAACUGAGUACGACUAGAAGCUGUGGCAGGAGCUCGGGCAGGUUUGUUAGUGGCUACGAGGGUAGCUGGUAACCUGGUGGCAUAAGUGCUGCUGAGAGAGGCGGGAUAACUGUAGAGCGCAGACAACAACUUGCCUGGAAGAGCUACAGCUUGUCUUAGGGACUGCCUGACUGAGGGACAUGAAUAGUAAGCACCCUGUGACUUUCACUUACAGCACUUGUAGGGUGUCACCCAUGUGUACUCUGUGACAGACAUGUGAGAACUACCCUCAGCUUUAACUGGGACUGAGAUGAGUAUGGACACCAGGACCAGGGAAAAGCCACAGAGAACCUUUGAUCUGGUGAUAAAAGUCGAGUGUCCAUCCUCUGAAAAUGAAGACCCAGUCUUGCUGUGGAAGUUCCCGGAGGAUUUCUCUGACCAGGAUGUUCUGUGCAUGGUGCCGAAGUUUUGCUUUCCUUUUGCAAUCGAAAGGGUGACCCAGUCUCAGAUUGGACAGCAUUUUACCUUUGUUCUAACAGAUAUAGAGAGUAAGCAGAGGUUUGGAUUUUGCCGCCUGACAUCAGGAGGUAAAAUCUGCUUAUGUAUCCUAAGUUAUCUUCCUUGGUUUGAAAUCUACUACAAACUGUUAAAUACCUUGGCUGACUACCUAGUGAAAGAACAGGAGAAUGACCUGAAUGAUAUGUUAAAAUCCUGGUACAAUCAUCCAGUUCCUGAAGCACACACACCUGUCAGCCUGAGCCUGAACCAACAGCUGUUUAUUUCAAGUGAACCUGUUUUAAAAAAACAACCCUCUCCUUUGCUGCACUCGUAUUUCAUUACUCCUGACGUAACUGGACUGCCGACAAUCCCAGAAAGUAGGAACCUGACAGAAUAUUUUGUUGCGGUGGAUGUGAAUAAUAUGCUUCAGGUCUAUGCAAGCAUGCUGCAUGAACGCAGAAUCAUUUUUACCUCCAGGAAAUUAAGCACUCUUACAGCCUGUGUCCAUGCCUCAGCAUCUCUUCUGUAUCCAAUGUACUGGCAACACAUAUACAUCCCGGUGCUCCCCCCACACCUCCUUGACUACUGCUGUGCACCCAUGCCUUAUCUUAUUGGAGUUCACCUAAGUCUCAUGGAGAGGGUGAAAAGCCGCACACUGGAUGAUGUUGUCAUUCUAAAUGUAGAUAACAACUCACUAGAAACACCUUUCAACGAUCUCUGCUCACUUCCAAGUGACGUGAUUACAACAUUGAAAAGCAAAUUAAAGAAACAGUCCACGUCUACAGGAGAUGGGGUGUCCAGAGCCUUCCUAAGAGCCCAGGCUGCUUUGUUUGGGUCAUAUAGAGAUGCUCUCCGAUAUAAACCUGGUGAGCCUGUCACAUUCUCUGAGGAAAGCUUUAUAUCCCAUCGUUCCAACACCAUGAAGCAGUUUUUAGAGACCGCUGUUAACCUACAACUUUUCAAACAGUUUAUUGACGGACGACUAGAGAAGCUCAACUCAGGGCUUGGGUUUACAGACAUCUUUGAAGAGGAAAUUACUUCAGGAAAUUCAAGUUCAUACCAACAAUGGAUGCACACAAUGAAGAAAGGUGGAUCUCUAAUUAAUACUGCAGUGAUAAAAGCCAGCCCAGCUAUGAAGAGUGCCUAUAAGUUUGCUAAAAACCAGGCAAAGCAAGGUAUCAAGGAGGUGAAGAGCAAACUUAAGCACAAGGAUAUUGAGGAAGAAGAUUCAGACUAUAAUUUAGAGUAUACACACUCCAACACGUUCCCAUUAAACCACUCAAACCGAAGUGAUCAAAGAAGAAAACUCUCACAGCAGACUCGAGCAAACAGGCCCCUGACCCACAUGGGUAACCAUAGCUCAACUCUGGAGGAUUCUGAUCUUGGUGAUAGUGCCAGCAAGUUGUCUUCAGAGGACAGCGAAGAAGCUUCUGGAUAUUUUGAUGAUAGCGAUACGUCAUUUGAUGAUGUGAGCUUGUCUUCCCGGCCAGCGGGAGAGAUGGACCUUCUUGGGGAAAUAUUAGACUCCCUAAGCACUCACAGCUCAGAUCCAGGGGCUGGUCGUCUAACAGCUGCUAAGAGCCUGGAUUUCUUUCGUUCUGCAGAAGAUUUGGACUAUAAAGUUCUGAACAAGACAUGUCCCCCCACUAAAACCAGCCUGAGCCAGGAUUCCCGGGAUGAAUGGAAUCUGGGGCAGGACGACAGUGUGCUGUACAGGAAACAUCUCCCACCCUCUCCCCGCAAGCGAACUCAGGAUGAACAGGCUUGUCAAGACAACGAUCGUCGCAAGUCAGAAUUUCCAACAAUCAUCCUCACGGAUACCACUGCAGCUGGGAACACUGUACGUCCCACCUCUCUGCUUUAUACUUGCAAUAUGGGAACUGAAGGCAGCGUUAGGAACAGUAGCAGAGAGAAUUCUCAGAGUAACUCUGCUAUGCAAGUGCCAUGGGAGAAGGAAGAGGUGGAUAUGCUCUCCCCACACAGCGCAGAUAAUCCCCCUUGAAUUUAGAGCAAAACUUCAGACACCAUUUUAUACUCUAAACUCAAACAUUCCUUUGGGGCUCAGUGUUUCAUCUUACAUUACUGACUUCUUAUAAAGGGUCCUGCGUUCGCCUGGAUUUAAUCUUCUGAAUUGUGAUCCAGUUGUGACAUAUGUAUGGUUAAAAUAUCACAAGACUCUUUGUUGCCUCCUGAACACAAACAGGGCCUGAGUGCAGGAAGCUUAUGCGCAGUCCUUUCCACUGCUCUGCUGCUUCCAAUACUCAGACGUUCAUCUGCCAACAGCUAACUCAAUUAACAAAUCUUAGUCUACAACAAAAAAUGUGACUUAAUGUUCAGGGGAUCAUAUGGACAUAUGCAAGUAGUUGGGCGGAAACCUUCAUCAGAUAUGCACAUUAGAGCCAGGAUGAAGUUCUCCGGUGAUUGAUUGCAGGAAUUAAUCAAUAGCAUAUCUAUGGUAAAUUAAAUUUUGAGGCCUGUUACAAUGCUGUAUUGUUACACGGGCAACCCAUUUAUCAAAGGUCGGAUUUCGAAUUCAUGUGAAUUUUCUUUAAUUCAAAUACAGGUAUGGGACCUGUUAUCCAGAAUGCUCGGGGCCUGGGGUUUUCCAGAUAACGGAUCU